AUGGCUGGAGGCAGGCCGGGACGGCCGCCUGGAAGGCCGCCGGGGCGACCGCGAGGCUCUGGACGCCCUCGUGGCCCCGGACGUCCUCCUGGUCGUUCACGCAGAUACUCCGACUCGACUGUCGCCUCCGUCGAUCACAGCCAGAUCGAGUACGUCCCCGAAAUGUCGAUUCUGAAGCCAGCCGCAUCCAUCAAUGAGUUUCCCACCUUCGUUUUGGACGACGCCGUCAUAUAUCGCAAAGACACCAAUGGGAAGUUGGUAGUCGCCAACGUCUGCAACGUCAACCUGGAAGGUCCUCUUGUCGUGCGCGGGAAGUUGGAGGUGGAGGAGGAGGAGCUUGUGCCCCAUUUACGCAAACCUUACAAAAACACCGCCUACAUCGAAAUAUCCGUGUGCGAGGGCUAUUCUAUUGGAUACGGUCCCUGGCCCGCGGUUUGGGCGUCCGGGAGGGCUGGCUGGUACGAGAUCAAUCCGUCUGACGAGUACAGGCCCAUGCAUGAUUACAUGUGCGAGGGCAUCACUCUAUACUACAAGAUCAUGGACGCAUAUGUUUCCAUGGGCGAGAACGUACCAAAGGGCAGGAAAUACAAAGCGUGGCAGACGCCCAUUGAGAAGGUGUUGUUCAAGAAGUACUCAGUCGCCAUUGGUGACGGCGCCAUCCUGCUUGAGGUGAAAAGGCGAUGUCAGAAACACGCACCUUUUCUCUUGGCCCAUUUCGACCAAGAGAGCGAAUUCAACUGGAAGCCGACAUCCUUCCGGAAAUGGCUGAUCGAAACAAACGAGGACCUUGUCAAGAGGUUGGACGAAGCUAAGAAAAGAGCCCCUCUUCCUGCGCCGCCCACGGAGAUGCAAGCAGCCGAUACAUCAGACUUGAAAGAAGAAUCCAACGAUAGCGCACAGGAUUCGUCGUUGCGCAUGUCUGUGGUAACUGACCGAAGUAGGAGAAGCAAGUCUCGGGCGAGCAGGCAAAGUGCGGAAAAGGACGUCCGCAUGGAGGAUGCUCCCCCGGCUCCGGCGGCUCCGCCACGUCGAUCCGAGACUUAUAUUCCUCCGCCUAUGAUUCCCCCACCUAGGCACGCUCAGCCAGUGGCGCCUUCUACCCCAAAUGCUGGGGGUCAAAGUCUACCUGCUGAAGCCGAACAUCAGGAUCCAGUCAAACUCCUUCUCGAGGUGCUGGAAGAGAUCUUGGAGGCACAAGGGGGCAAUGCGCAAAGCCUCAAGGACGGAAAAGUUCAUACCGAGAUGUACCUGAGGUGCAGCAUCAAGCUGUACAGCGCAGCAAGGGAAAUCACACAUUUCUAUGCUAAAUCGCUUCUCAAAGAAUUGCCACAGAAAUGGAAUCCGAGCCCCUUUUGGGAUUGGCUUACCAGUGUCGCUGACCAGCCAUUCGAGCCCAAACUCCUCACCGAAGACCAGAUUCCAACACAAUGUAGACGACGAAAGAAAAAGGACAAAUCCAGCUCGAAACCUAAGGAGGAUCGCAAAGAUGAAAUAAUACCCCCGCGGGGGGCUGGGAAGCGGUGGCCGCCAAGUACACUCACUCCUCGGCCUGCGGCUUUGAGACCAGGGGCCAGCGCUAAAAGGCCUGCUGUUUACCACAGCGACGACGGCGACGAAAGGGCUCGUAAAGCGGCUCGGACGUCACAGGAUUCAGAAGAUGAAGAUGAGGAGGAGGAGGAGGACGAUGAAGGCGCUGACUCAGACGACACCAGUGAUGCAGCCCACGCCUCAGACAACAGAAAUGCAGCGCUCGCUACGCCAACACCGGCACCUUUGGAGACAGCCCGUCUUGUUGUCCGCGCUGAGAGAAUCCCUAGCCUGUCACCAAGCGGCCCUAAUGGGACUUGGAGGUGUGAGGAAGAUGGUUGCAACUAUAUUGUUCGUUCAGCUGAAGAGCCGGAGGGCAAAGACCUCAUCGCGAAGCAUUUCCAGGACCACGCGAACCGGGCUGAAAAGUUGAAUCUCGCGCUUUCAGAGGGAACUCGGAAUCACAUGCCUAUCAAUCAUCUGCUCGAGAAGAUCCGCAAAAUGGGAGAAAAGGCGACCAAGAAAGAGCAGAGCCAUGUUGACGGCGUGCCUGCCUCACAACCAGUCAAAAGAAAGCUGAUCAUCUAG